AGUGUAGAAGUAGCACAAGGAAUUUACGAAUCGCAAUGGAUUGGUACUUCAACCAAGAUUCAAAAAUCUUUAAAAAUUAUGAUGUGUCGUGCGCAAAAACCUUUGGUGAUUAAUGUCGAGGGAAUAUUACCUGCACUUACUUGCAAAUUUUACACGACUUUUUUGUCAUCUACUCUGUCGUACUUCAUGACUCUCCGUGCAUUGAUAUAUCGA